AUGGUCAUGUUGGCAGAAGAGAAAUAUCAGAAUGUCCCGCCAGAGAAUAACAACAGUACUAGCCUGGAUGAUGAUAUCAAAGACCUGAUUUAUUGCGUAAGAACAAACGACAUUGAGGAAGUUAAAAAAAUCCUUCAACAUCGAAACAUAAGCUCAAUUAACGAUGUGAAGGACGAAAAUAAAAACACACUCCUACAUUUUGCAUGCGUAAAUAACAAUGUGGACAUGAUUCGCUUUCUGCUAUACGAAUGCGCAAUUGGACAUAACCAACUGAAUGCCAGUGGAAAUAGCCCCCUCAUGUGGGCCAUACAGAAUAAGCAUUGUGAAGCUGUAAAGGAAAAAAGAAUAUACCACAGUGGAAAGAAAAAAACGAAACUGUAUGAACAUAUGAGGAAAGAUUUUUUGCAAAUUUCCCUCGUGAAGGACGGAUACCAGCUAAGUGCCCAUGUCAAAAAUAAAAUAAACUCGAUGAAUUUUUUCGGGAACAUUUUCUCUGACGAUCAUGAUGGCAGCUUGGGCAAUGGCGACAGUAGGCAGGGUGUCGGAGGUGCUACUUUAAACGGCCAGGGAGAAACGUGGGGGAAGCAAAUUCGCCUGUACAAGGAAGCCAACAAAAUCGACCUACUGAAGAAAAACGAAUUCGACAAGAGCAUUCUGUCGGAGGCCUUCAACGCCCAGGACGAAAAUAUUUUGCACCUCGUUCUGAGCCACCCCAUGUCGAGUGUGCUGGACGAGCAGGAUGGGCGCGCGGUGAGUGGCAUGUGUAGCGGCGUAGCCAACCGUGGGGACAGCGCACCCAAUAGCCACAACGACACAGCGUUCACGACAAACCUAGCGGACGUAAAAAUAAUUCAGGAGUGCACACGCCAGUUGCUUAUCAACGAAAAGGCAAAAGUAAAAAGCGGGGAAAGCGAAGAAGAGGCCAUUAUACGGAUAAGAGAAAUUGGGCUAAACUAUUUUGGGAAUUCAUUUGAGGAUGGCAAAACAUCAGGAGAAGAGGUCCAUUCGCAUAAUGACAUCACCGGGAUUAACAUUUGGGAGUGCUGCCUCAUGAUAAGCAAAUGGAUCUCCGACUUGUGCCUCCAGAAUAGCACCCUCUUUAGCAACAAAGUGGUGUUAGAACUCGGUGCAGGGAGUGGACUAGCCAGCAUUUCGCUUUUCACGCAUGCGAACAUUUUUCGCAACGGAACUAAUCAAGGACCGAACCAAGUAGUCAUUACCGAUGUCAACCCAUUCACUCUAAGUAACAUUUCGCAUAAUGUCCUAUUAAACGAAGAACUCUUUGGCCACCUAGAUUCAGCAUGGAGGAGUAAA